AUGAAACCAAAAAACGUUUUACUUUCAACAAUUUUUCUUCUACUACAACUACAGUAUGCCUACAGCCAAAGCAAUAAUAACAAAACUUUAAAAUUGGAGCAGAUAUUAAACAAGACAGAAGCGACAACAGAACGACCACAUCUGUCUGUCAUCAACUUCAACUUCCAUCAUGCCGAACUGCCAUUGUUUUUAUCAGCUGCUGCAGUUGGUAUCAUCAUCUUCAAGUCUCUGUACUAUGCUUUUCCUCAUCUGAAGGGUAUCAUACCUGACUCGUCAAUGAUGCUGAUAGCUGGUAUUGUAGUCGGAGGCUGCUUACAUUGGUUCUUUCCUGAUAGGGUAGGUUGUUUUGCUUGAUAUUUGGUCUUUUGUACGUGUUGAGGCAUAGAAGCACGUUAGAAUUUGAAAAAAAGUUUUGUCGUCAAUAUGUAUUAGUUUUGAACGUUGAAAAACGACAAGACUUUUUACCAGGUUAUUCAAAUCAUUCUGUGCCUACUAACAUAGAAAAUUUUCUCUGAACAGAGCAUGUAAUUGUUUGAACAACUUACAUUGGUAUUUUUAUUAAUCUUAGAUCGUUCACUUAAUUCUGACCGCUUCUGUUAACCCAUCUGGUUUUUUUACAUCGUUAAAAAUUACGGUUUUCUAUGUAAAAUACGGUUUUUGAACUCUAAUAAACAAAAACUCAAAAGUUAUUUUUCAGGAAUUCCGUCUAGAACCCACCUGGUUCUUUUGGGGUAUGUUACCCAUGAUUAUCCUCGAUGCUGGAUAUUUUGUGCCAACCAAAGACUUUGUAAAUAAUAUUGGUGCUAUCACAUCGUUUGCUGUUUUUGGUACUCUCAUGAAUAUUUUCUUGACUGGUGAGUUAUUUUUUUUUAUUUUUUGUUUGAAAAACACGUUUCGCAGCUGCAAAAAGCUGGGCGCAGUGCGCAGACUAAAAGUUAGGGUUUUUUAAAAGUUUAUGGGGGAGUUUUUAAUGUGAUACUAUAAAGUACGACUUAAAAAAUCAAAAUCUUUAAUUUAGGUAACAAACAUUUUUUAAAAAUUCUAUUUUGGAAUUAUUAAAAAUAUUAUUGUAGGUACCUUACUUUACAUAAUAAAUGGCUAUUUCUCGCUGUUUGUAACGCCGAUGAGCGUUACUGACAUUCUGAUAUUCUCAACGUUGAUCUCGGCCGUAGAUCCGGUGGCAGUAAUCAGUGUGUUCGAAGAGAUACACGUCAAUCGUCAGUUGUACAUCUUGGUGUUCGGAGAGAGUUUGUUGAACGAUGCCACUACUAUUGUGAGUUUAAUUGGGGCUAAAUUUUGUAAAAUUUGAUAAAAUGUUUUUUUUUGUUGUCUUAUACUGAAAAAGAGGAUUCAUUACCUAAAAUUGGAUCGUUUUAGCGUUUUUAUUGAUAAGAAAGCGGUAUUUUUAGGUAACAAAUAGGUUUUGCCAUUUUUAAGCAAGGAAAUUUAUUGGAAUUGAUGACAAGACUUUUUCGAUGCAUUUUAAUACUAAAAUAGAGCUUUUUUAUUGAUAAAACGAUUUUAAAAACAUAAAAAUAGCAAAGAAACAAUAAAAAUAUUAAAAUUAUAGGUAUUUUACCACACAUUCCAACAGUUCUCAACCAUUGGAGCCGAGAACAUAGUGCCAAUGGACAUUUUGAGAUGUAUUGCUUCAUUUAGCAUCGUAUCUUUUGGUGGUAUUUUAACUGGAAUCAUCUUUGGAGGUCUUACCGGGCUUUUAACAAAGUGAGUUUUAUAAAAGUUGUUCUUUACCAAACAGUUUUAUAGCUAAAUACCACCAUGUUACAGUUAAUGCUAACUAUAAAAUAUAAAGUUACAGUAAACAUUAACUAAAACAAAAGCUUUUUCACUUUAUCGUAGAUUAAUCAACCUCAUUUUAGAUUGACAAGGGAUGUAGAGCUGUAUCAGCCUCUGACCUGCCUCCUCUUACCUUAUUUUGCGUAUUCUGCAGCUGAAGCUGUUGGCGUUUCUGGAGUGUUGGCUUUGAUGUUUUGUGGUUUGACAAUGAAAAACUACUUAGCAGUCAAUGUAAAAGACUCUUCCUUGGUAUCUUUCAAUUACAUGCUCAAAACAUUGUCUUCUUUGUAAGUUUAGUGAUGUUUUAUAUUUUUAAAAGCUAGAAAAAACUAAACUUUGAAUAGAAAUUGGGGAAAAAUAUGAUUUUUGAGUCGAAAAAUAUAAGAAAAGUUAUUGUUUUAGGUAAUAAAAAUUAAAAAAUAUAUUUUUGAGGUUUUUGAUGUCAUAAAUUUAUUUUAUAGGCUCAAAAUUUUAAAAACUAUUAAAUUUUUCCUUUUUCAGCUGUGAAACCAUGAUAUUUGUAAUGCUUGGAGUGUCAGCUGUGUCUCGAAACCAUGUUUUUGAUUUUUGGUUUAUUAUUGCCACUUUAUUCGCUUGUUUCAUCUUUAGAUUCAUUAGUAAGUCAUUAUUUUAUUUAUAUAAAAGUGUGAAAUAUGCGUACCGUAUUUUACAAAAAAUUUAAAAAAAAACAUAAAAAUCGUAUUUCACAAAUACUCAAAAACUAAUUUUAAAUUUAAAAUUUUUUUUAGCAAUCUACUCAAUGACAUAUUUUUUGAACAAAGCGAGAGAAGAAGCCAUUUCUCUGGUGGACCAGUUUGUGAUAGCAUAUGGUGGUAUUAGAGGCGCUGUUUGUUAUGGUUUAGUAGUAGCACUGGACAAAGAUGUUGUUGGAGCUAGAGACAUGUUUACUACAACUACUGUUUCUAUUAUUCUAUUUACUUCACUUGUUCAGGUAAGAUACCAAAUUAUAUUAUUUUCAAGCUUUUUGGUCGUGGUGCUACCGUGUUUGGUAGCUUAUAGUAUUGUACUGCUUUAUAAUUGAUACCUUGGCUUUGUGCAUUGUUAGUAUAGUAUGGUAUUGUGCUGUUCUUAUAAAAAAUUGAAAGUACAACAUCGUGCUUGAAUUUCCAUAAUUAAACAAAUCACUUUACAGGGCGGCACAGUGAAAUGCCUGGUGAACAAACUGAAAGUGAAGCAUGCAGAACCUGAAGAAGAAACAACUUUGUUUGAACUUGUUAUGAAUGAGGUUGGUUUCUUUAUUAAUAAAUUUUUAAAUAUUUAUUGAAAUUUUGACGAAAAUGUGGAAUCAACCAUAUUUUAAGUUUCAUAGAUUUGUAAAGGUGCUGGGCUUAAUUUUUUUAGUUUACAUCAAGGCCGUUUUACACUUUUUUGCAAAUAAGAUCUUUGCUGCGGGAGCUGAGCUGGGCCUCUGAAAUUUUUGACUCUUGGGUACAUGUGUAUCGGUUUGUUUCUGCCUAUUUUCAACUUUCCUCGACUUGGCACAUCUUGGGCCCUCGUUCAGGUCUUUUUCAUGGGUUAAAGUAAUUUUUUGGUUUUUUAGUUAAAAUACGUUGUUUCGUUUUUCUUGAGGCAAUUUUAUAUAUGUUUUCGAUUUUUAGACAGCUACAAACUUGAUGGAAGGUAUCAGUGCUAUAGCAUUCGUACAGCCCGAGAAAAAGGUAACCUUCGAACUUUUUUUUUAUUUUCAACCUUUAAAAUACGGUUUUUAAUAUCAAUUCUACACGUUUCAAAAAGGCAUAUUGAUACCACUAUUUUUAACAAAUAUGUCACUAAAACCACCAUUUUCAGUACAAAGUUUACUGGCGUCGAGUCUCCAGCUUCUUGAACCGCCACUUAAUGGUGGAUGGUCAAGAAUACAAUAGUAAAUGUCGCAAAAUAGUGGCACAUUCUCAACAAAUAAUGAUUUCUGAAGCUGUGUCUCAGAUCAAGAAGUUUGGAUCGUAUCGAUUACUACCAUCGUAUCCUUCGAUGAACACUAUGAAUACAUCGAAAUCAGUACCAGCGAAUAUGAAUGAACAUGCUGAAGAGAUGAAUGAUAUCAGUUUGAUGGUACCCCAACCUGAGAAUAUGGUACGGAUCAAGCUGGAUGAUGUGGAUGGUAUGGGCGAUAGGAAGAAGUCGUUGAGGACUAUAUUCAAGGGGGCUGUCGCUGAGAUUCCUGAAGAGGUGAGGUUAUAAAAGGUCAUAAAAAGAUUGAAAAAAAUUAUAAAAUAGCAGUGAUUGAAUUGUCAAAAAACAUUUUUUCUUUUUUUAGCUGGAAAGCAAAUACAAAUUGACGGCAAGAUUUACAUCACAAUAUUACUAUGAAUAUUAUAAAAAACUGUUUUUUUCAUUGGUUUCUUAAGGUUAUUAUACCUAAAAAUCAACAAAAUUAAAAGAAAGAGCUAACUUAUAACUUUAGAAGCCUCAAAUGUACUCGCGUCACUUCAUGCACGAUCCACGUCACUUCCCUUAUGAUCGACCAUUAACUCCGUUGUUUGAAAGUGAAGAAGAUGAAGAUCCAGAUGGCUCUAAAAAUUACCUAACCUUCCCUAAUACAGAAAGAGACUUUUUCGAAAUGAACACAUUCAGUGUGCCAUUAAGGAAAAGGCUGAACAGUGAGACUACCAGGCCUAGCAUUCUGCCUGGACAGCGUAUGUUUUUCUACUGUUUUCUACAGUACUUAACCCUAUCUUAUUUACUCUAAUCUGCCGUACCGUACCCUACAAUACCCUACCCUAUCUUACUCUACCAUGCUCUACCCUACCCUACCCCACAAUACCCUACUCUACCGUACCCUACUGUACCCUAUCCUACCAUAUUUUACCCUACUCUAUCUUACUUUACUAUGCUUUAUGAUAUGUUACCGUAACCUACCCUAUCUUAUCCUACUCUAUCUAGACUUAUUUUUUUUCAAUUUCAGCUACCCGACCGAGAUUUGAAGUAAAAAUGGUCAGAAAUCGUCAGGCGUCGAAGCGACGUCGUAACAGCUCAACCGGUCCGGAUACGGAACGACUUAUGAUUAAUGCUCAACCUGGUACUAGACACGACUCAUUGAGACGAGGCUCUACUCCAGCCAGACAUUUACAUCCAACUGGUCAUCGGCCGAAGGUCAAGUUUGCGAUUGAGGGGGAUUCACCGUAA